AUGGAAACGAUCGAUGAGAGCGAGAAACGGCGAUUCGAGGUGGAGUGCGAGUUUGUGCAGGCUCUCGCCAAUCCGAAUUACUUAAAUUGUACAUUUUUAGCUUUUUCAGCCGAAAAGUCAAUAAUUUCCUGUUUUUCCUCUUCAAAAUAUCGUUUUGCAGUUCUGGCGCAACGUGGCUACUUCAAAGAGGAGUACUUUGUCAAUUAUCUCAAAUAUCUGCUCUACUGGAAAGAGCCACAGUAUGCCAGGUAACUGAACAUCUAAUUUUUCAACAAAAAAAUCUAUUAAGAUGUCUGAAAUUUCCGCAAUGUCUGCAUAUGCUCGAAGCGCUUCAAAGUCAACAGUUUCGCGAUGCGAUGGCUUACGGUACGAAUUUUAAUUAGACACGUGAGGAAUAAAAACGACUUUGCAGGACCGAGCGCCAAGUUCGUCGAGGAUCAAGUGGUGCUGCAAUGGCAAUUCUACCUUCGGAAACGCCAUCGGUUGUGCAUGAUGCCGGAAGAAGAGAAAGAAGAACAGGAAGACGAGGAGGAAGAAGAAGAGGAAGAAGAAGGGAAGGAAGAAGGAGAGGGGGAGGAGCCAGAAGCCAUGGAAGUGGAGGAGGCUACGACGACGAGCGCCGAACAGUAA